ACUAACUUCCGGUUGAAAAACUUUUACGAUUGACGUGAACAAAUAUAUAUUCUAAAUUAAAAAAAUGAUCCAACUUUAAGAAAUAUUUUUUUUUGUCUAAAUUAAUAAUUUUUAAAUUAAAUUAUUAUCUGUGAUGUGAAAAAAGAAAUGGUACAAAAAUCGGUUCUUAUUUAUAGUCUCUUAAAAUCGCAUAAUAUCAAUCAAGGUUUGACUAAAAAAGAAAUUCUCAAAUUAUUACAAGAAAAAUAUGAUUUCUCACCGGGAAAAACAAUUCGUCAACAAAUUGACAUUGCUCUUCGUAGGGGGAUAGAUUUUGGAAUUGUAAUGAAAAAAAAUGAUAAAUACAAAUUUGUUACACGUUCAUGGAAAAGGAAACAAAUUCCAAAAUGUAAAAAAUGUUCAUCAAAUCGUAAAGGAAAAACUACAAGAUCAGUAAAUACUCCCAAUAAACGGCCACCUGAAGUGCCAAAUCCAACAGUUCCAAAUUUACCAAAUUUGAAUCCUAUAAGACGUGACAUACGUCAAGAACCAUUUGCAAAACUUGUGAAACAUCAUAAAACAAAAAAGAAACAUUAAAAAAAAUUAUUUCUUUAA